UAUACAUGUGGUGAUUGGACAAAAAUAAUUGAUAUAUUGACCAGAAGUAAAUGAUAUUCACUGGUGUCGUAAUACAUCAUUAAAAGGACAGCUAUCAUUGGCUGAAUGAAAGAGAUACAAGGGAGCAUGUGCCAUUCUUUACUGGAAACCAACAUAUUAACACACGCAUUACACUGUAUCCCUCCAAGUGAGCUCAUCGGCAGAGACUUAGAAUUGUGAUGCAGUGCAAGACAGGUCACGUCACUGUAAUGUAAUCCCAAAACCCCAAAACAAAACCCUGACGUGUUGUACAACUUCCUGAACUCCACAACGUUGCCUCAGGCACUCUCCAGGAUGGACAAGAAACGGCAGCAAGAAAGAGGCAGUAAUGCUUCCUCAAAGAAGUCACGGGUUGAGGAAGAGGAAGACGACAUGGAGUGUGACUUUGACUUUGCGGGCAUGGACUUCGAUGAAGAGAUGACCAGCCAGGAGAGUGAGGAGCUGGUGCAGAAUGGAGGAGCAGGAGUGGAUGACGAGGACGGGGAGGGCACCUGGCAGCGGCCCUCACUGCCACACUUCAACCCCAAGCAGCAGUCCCUCGUCUUCCAGCAGAUAGAGAUUGACCACUACAUUGGGUCUCCCAAAGAGGGCAUGCCAGGGCAGCAGGCCGGACGGGUGCCUGUCAUGCGCAUGUUUGGGGUCAGUGACGCUGGCAACUCGGUGUGCUGUCAUGUGCACGGCUUCUCCCCUUACUUCUAUGUCUCCUGUCCUGCUACAUUCAAGGACACUCAUCUGGCAGACUUCAAGAAUGCCCUCAAUCGUGCACUGCUGGAAGACAUGAAGAGCAAUCGGGAGCGGAUCACUGACCCUGUGCUGGCGGUGCAGGUGGUGCAGCGGGAAAGCAUCUACGGCUACCAUGCCAAUCGCUCCUCCAGGUUCCUGCGCCUCACCUUGGCCUUGCCACGCCUCAUCGCUGCAGCCAAGAGGCUGCUGGGGGAGGGCAAGGUGUUUGUCCCCAACCUGGGCACGCCUGUCUAUGAGGCUUAUGAGUCCAACAUUGACUUCGAGAUCAGGUUCAUGGUGGACACACACCUGGUCGGCUGCUGCUGGGUGGAGCUUCCCUCUGGGUGCUGGACCAUCCGGAACAAAGACCUGCAGACUCGUUGUCAGCUUGAGGUGGAUGUUGCGUGGAACAAGCUCAUCGUGCAUGAACCAGACGGGGAGUGGGGACGUGUGGCUCCCUUCAGAAUACUCUCCUUUGACAUUGAGUGUGCUGGACGCAAAGUGCUGGACCAACAGGGAAGAAUCAUUAACUGUGUGUUCCCGGAGGCUGACAAGGACCCAGUCAUCCAGAUCGGGGCAAUGGUCAUCCGACAAGGGGAGGCAGAACCUUUUGUGCGCACCAUCUUCACCCUGAAGGAGUGCGCCCCCAUCGUGGGGACGCAGGUGCAGUGCUUCAACAAGGAGCUGGACAUGCUGGAGAGCUGGUCAAGAUUUGUGCGUGUCACCGACCCAGACAUCAUCACUGGCUACAACAUAAACAACUUUGAUCUGCCAUACCUCUUGAACCGUGCCAAUGCCCUUAAGUCCUCUAUCUUCCCCUACCUGGGCAGAGUCAAGGAUGCCAGGUCAGCUAUUAAGGAGGCGGUGCUGCAGAGCAAACAGAUGGGUCGUCGAGAGAACAAGUCCAUCAACAUUGAGGGUCGCUGCCAGUUUGACCUCCUGCUGGUGCUGCUCAGGGACUACAAGCUGAGGUCAUACACACUCAAUGCAGUAUCCUACCACUUCCUGCAAGAGCAAAAAGAGGAUGUUCAUCACUCCAUCAUUUCAGACCUACAAGCGGGGAACCCUCAGACCCGCAGGAGAUUAGCUGUGUACUGCCUGAAGGACACGCUGCUGCCGCUGCGCCUCCUCGACAAGCUGAUGUGUGUCAUUAACUACAUGGAGAUGGCCAGGGUGACAGGAGUGCCGCUGUCCUACCUGCUCACACGGGGCCAGCAAAUCAAAGUGGUUUCACAGCUCCUGAGGAAGGCAGUGGAGCAGAACUUGGUGUUGCCAGUUCACAAGGGGACUGGAGAGGAUGAGUAUGAGGGAGCCACGGUCAUUGAGCCUCGCAAGGGUUACUACAGUCAGCCCAUUGCCACCUUGGAUUUCUCAUCCCUGUACCCGUCCAUCAUGAUGGCUCACAACCUGUGCUAUACCACCUUGGUAUUUGACCCCAAGAAGGCACAGGACUAUGGACUGACACCUGAAGACUUCAUCAAGACACCCUCAGGAAACUAUUUUGUGAAGUCCCACAAACGGAAGGGUCUGUUGCCAGAGAUCCUGGAGUCCCUGCUCUCUGCCCGUAAGAAGGCCAAGAAUGACCUCAAGAAGGAGACUGAUCCCCUGAGGAAGAAGGUGCUGGAUGGCCGUCAGCUUGCUCUCAAGAUUUCUGCCAACUCUGUGUAUGGGUUCACAGGUGCUCAGGUUGGGAAGUUACCCUGCCUUGAGAUCUCUCAGAGUGUCACUUCCUUUGGCCGCACCAUGAUUGCAUUUACCAAGGAGCAAGUGGAGGAGAGGUUCACCAUCGCCAAUGGCUACUCUCAUAAUGCUGAGGUGAUCUAUGGAGACACCGACUCUGUGAUGAUCCUGUUUGGGGUGGAGACAGUGGCGGAGGCGAUGGUGCUGGGGAAUGAGGCAGCGGGCUACGUGACAGAGAAAUUUGUGAAACCUAUCAAGCUGGAGUUUGAAAAGGUAUACUUCCCAUACCUGCUGAUUAACAAAAAGAGGUAUGCAGGCUUGUACUUCACACGUGCUGAGACUCAUGACAAGAUGGACUGCAAGGGCAUAGAGACGGUGCGCCGUGAUAAUGCUCCCAUCGUGGCCAAUCUCAUCAACACCUGUCUGCAGAAGAUUCUUAUUGAGCGGAACCCGUCAGGAGCUGUGGCCUACGCUAAACAGGUCAUAUCAGAUUUGUUGUGCAACCGCAUUGACAUAUCCCAGCUGGUGAUCACCAAAGAGCUCACCAAGACAGAGAAGGAGUAUGCAGCCAAGCAGGCCCACGUGGAGCUGGCCAACAAGAUGAAGAAGAGGGACCCUGGUACUGCCCCCAAGCUGGGUGACCGAGUGCCCUAUGUCAUUGUGUCUGGGGCGAAGGGGACGCCUGCAUACGAGAAGGCUGAGGACCCCAUCUAUGUGCUGGAGAACAGUCUUCCAAUUGACUAUGAAUACUACCUCUCCAAUCAGCUCAGCAAGCCCCUCAUCAGGAUCUUUGAGCCCAUACUUGGGGAGAAGGCCGAGUCUCAGCUGCUUAAGGGUGACCACACUCGCUCCCGCAUCAUCUCCCACAGUAAGGUGGGAGCAAUGGCCAAGUUCAUCACCAAGAAAGCUUCAUGUAUAGGAUGCAAAGUGCCAGUGCCUUCUUCCUCUGAGGCACUCUGUAAACACUGCAAGGCACGGGAGAGUGAGGUGUAUAUCAAGCAGUCUGCCGUGCUGGGAGACAUGGAGCAGAAGUUCUCGGAGCUCUGGACUCAGUGUCAGAGAUGCCAAGGCUCCGUUCAUGAGGAGGUUAUCUGUACCAGCCGAGACUGUCCCAUCUUCUACAUGAGGAGGAAGGUACAGCUGGAAUUGGUGGAGCAAGAAAAAGUCCUACAGAGGUUUGGCAUCCCUUCCUGGUAGCAAAUCUGUGUGUGUUUAUAGUGUACUGUAUUCUCAUCUGAUGUGUAUAUACCUACCUCAGGAAGCACAAUAGUGAGCAACUUUGUGAAAGAGAAACUUCGCUGAGACUCUCCAUAACCUAGUUGUGUACUGCAGCUUGGUUUUGAAUGGAGAGUACCUUCAUAUUCCCUUUGUGUCAUGAAAGAUUACUAAAAGUAUUGAAUAAGGAAGCUGGGAACCUCCUCAUUAUUUUUAUUCCUACUCUGAGAUAAUGUGUGAUGUGUUGGCUCAGUGACUCCCCAUAAGGAGAAUGGUAACCUGGCAUAAAGGUGGAUCUGCUGAGAGGUUGCAUGUGUCUAAUAUUUCUGGUUGUGGUGGCUAUUCACACCUCCCAUCCAGCUGAGGAAAAAAGUGCCUUGGUGUUCUGUGUGAUAUGAUAGCAUGUCUUGAAUAAUGUUAUACUUUGGAACUUAUAACUGUCAUAAGAACAAUGAUAUGUAAAAGUUUUAUACAUAUAAUUACAUAAUAAUUUAUAUAUUAGAAUUUGAUAAUCAUGAUACUGGUAUCAGAUUGAUAAAGAGGUGGUUGGAAGUUGUAGUUAUACAGGCAGAGACUCGCUUAUUUGUAUACUUAGGACAAUUUUUUUUUUCAAGAUUUUCUAUUCUUCAAGGCAUGGAAUGCAAUGGUAACCUGACUGGGAUUUGCCAAAACUGGGAUUCACUGCACUUGUGUUUGCAUCUCUAGAAUGGAAGAAGAUUUUAUUUGUAACAUAAUCACUACAUGUCAUUCUAUACUUGCUACUUGUUUUAUUUUAAAUAAACAACAAACCCCACACAAGAAUUUGGGUCUCACUAAAUAUAUCUCACUAUAUCAGAAUUCAUGAAAAAUGUUCAACAUGAAACAGCUGGUACUGCAAAGUACCUCUUCAAAACAUUAUCAGUGGUUUUAAGACAAAUGAAGAGCAAAUCACAUGAUGGAAUGGUAAUACCAACACUGUGCAAGGCAACACUGUCCCUGUCCCUUUAUGUAAGUGUUGUUUUGUCUUGUAGUGUGCAGGAAACUUGUUUAAAUAUUUAUUGUUGAGUGAUGCCAGCACAAUAUACAGUAAGGGUGCAUUGUGCUGUACAGGAAGUAAAAAAUGUUGAGUUAAAUACACCUCAGAUAACAUAACUGUAAUUAUAACCAUAUUUGUGUUUGAUAUUAAAUUAUCUUCUUUA